UAAAGUGCCGAAGCCUCAUGCUCAGUCAAGCAAGCUCGAACAAGAAAAGUCGAUUGAAUUUCUCAGUAAACAGUACGACGACUUAAUUUCAGCAAAUGAGGAAGUAAAGAAAGUGCUAAAACGUCUCGCAAAUCAAUUAGACAAAAUUGCUGUAAAAUCUGAAAGAAUCAGGAAGGCACUUGAUCAUAUUGAAGCGUAUAAUUACCAAUACAACGUGAAAGUUUUAGGUGUACCUGAAAUUAACAGAAAUGAAUCGUCUCUCGACACAAUUAAUCUAUGCCUGGAGCUAUUCAAUACAAUGGGGGCCAACAUCUCAAUUAAUGACAUUGAUCAUCGCGUACCAAUACGAAAUUCAAGUCGGGGUAAACCGAAGUCUAUAGUGCAUAAGUUUACCAGGCACUUUUCGAAAGAGUCUCAUGCAAGUCCGAAAAGAGGCAGAGAAUGUCAAGCCCUCACAGUUGGGAUUAAGUAA